GGCUCAACAGCGGGCACCGCGUCAUCUGGCAAGACAGUGGGCACCAAGUCACCAGGCACGACAGUGGGCUCUGACUCAAUUGGCACGACAGCGGGCACCGGGUCAUCAGGUACCGGAUUGUCUGGCUCGACAGCGGGCAUCGGGUCACCAGGUAUGACAGCGGGCACUGGGUCACCAGGCAUCAGGUCAUUUGGCUUGCCAGCGGGCACCGCGUCAUCUGGCAAGGCAGUGGGCACCAGGUCACCAGGCAUUGGAUCGUCUGGCUCGACAGCGGGCCAUCGGGUCACCAGGCAUCAGGUCAUUUGGCUCGCCAGCGGGCACCGCGUCAUCUGGCAAGGCAGUGGGCACCGAGUCACCAGGUACGACAGCGGGCUCUGAGUCAAUUGGCACGACAGCGGGCACCGGAUCAGGUACCGGAUCAUCUGGAUCAACAGCGGGCAUCGGGUCAACUGGC